AUGUUUCCAGAUAGUCAUGCCACCAUCAUUGCUGAAAUUGAACGCCAGAAACAUGCAACAACACUUGAGAAGCAUAAUAUUGACACCAAAGCCUACCGUGGCGGUCUCUGGAAAACAUGUGAAAACUGGAACAAUAUUGGCCUCCUUGAUGGUCACCGCCUGUCCGGGUAUGCCCAAACUUCUGCCAACAAAAAGAUUUGCGACCAAGCCACCUUUGACGGCAUUUCUAUUGCAUUUUGUGUCAAAGAUGUUACAUGUUUUGACAACUUCAAAUGUAAAGUAUCCAUUUCCAACUUCCUUUGGAAUCCAGACCUUGUUUGUUUGGCACAUAAAAAUGCAUUUCUCCCACCUGAAGAAUGGUAA